GAGGAUGAGGAUGAGGGUGAGGAUGAAGAUUUACAGAGCAAUGAUGAAGAUGAGGAUUUAGAUGAGGAUACUGGGGAUGAGGAGUGGGAAGAGUUGGUUGUGAGAGAAUUUUACAAAGGUAGACCCAAAGGUUUCAGGCACCAACUUCUUAAGUAUUUUUACGAACAUCUGCAAGACCUUGGUGGUGGAGCAAACAAAGAAAGGCAGGCCUGCAUCCACGCCCAAAAUGUGCGCAAGCUUCUAGAUCAGCUCGAUCCAAAGAACGAUACCAUCAGUUGUAUCAUUGAAGAUGGGGGCAUGCACAUGUGGCGGGACUGGGGCAAACCAAUCUUGGAACAGAACAAGAUGAAACCUGGCACUGUUAAAGCUUAUUUGUCCUCGGUGGGAAAAUUCCUGAAGUUCAUUAUCAACAAAGUAGCGGACGAGACGAGAGAUUUUCCGAGCAUUGACGAGCGGUCUUUGCGAUUGGCCAAUAAUGUUCUCAAUCGCCUUCCUGACUGGAGAACAGCAAUUUCCAGAAAGUUCAGUCACAAGAAAUGGGAGAAAGUGCUGGAAGUAUCCAGAAGGUUGCCACCAGCAUCUACUAUUAAUGACUUGAUGUCAACCGAUCCAGCCAAAGAGGCCAUAACAAUUCUUAACAAGAGCAGCACUGGGCACCUCGUUAGCUCUCGGGAAUUUAUCAGCGUGCGAGAUUUUCUCAUUGUUCGACUUGAACUAGAAAAUGCGCAACGGCCAGGUCCCUUGGAAACAGCCACAGUAUCCAACUUCAGAGAGGCUGAGCAGGGUGAUGACGGCAGCUACACCAUGUACUGUCCUAAGCACAAGCGAUCCAUCGACGGCCCAGCUAGGAUUUGCAUGGAUGCAGAAACUCAUGCCAAUGUGUGCACGUACAUUGACUAUGUGCGAGGUGUCUGUGCCGAAGAUAACGAGGAAGCCCUGUUUGUGACGUUGGAGGGAAAAGCCUUUGAUCAUAGCAACAUCGGAAAGAGGAUAACCGCCUUUUGGUUUAAGGCGAAGCAAAUUAAAUUGUCGAGCACUGAUGUAAGGAAGAUAGCCUCUUCAGCAACGUUUGAAAUGAACGUCGUCGAAAAGAGGGCUAUCAACGAACACAUGGCUCAUAAAGAGGGAACGGCGGAUCACUAUUACAACAUUGGUCACAUUACCAAGAAGUCUUCCAGAGGUCACCAACUACUGAAGAAGACCCUCAAUUUGGACACGUCAGUGACAACAAGAUCGAAACAAGAAACCGAGUCGGCAAUUUCAGCUAGGUGUAACAAUGAAGAAUUGGAGCCAAGAAUAAACGAAGGAGGACUCACCGAUAGUCAAGUAGAAGUCAUCGAAAUGCUGUUUUCCAGCCAUAUAGUUUCUCAAGCACCA